AUGGUCCUGCUGGGCACCAGCACCUUCAGGAGGCUCUGCUCCAUGAUCUUGCUGGGCACAGUGCCUUUCUUCCGGCUCCUGAACCUGCGCAAGUUGGGUCUGAGUGACAAUGAAAUCCAGAGGCUGCCCCCCGAGGUUGCCAACUUCAUGCAGCUGGUGGAGCUGGACAUCUCCCGUAAUGACAUUCCAGAAAUUCCUGAAAGCAUCAAAUUCUGCAAGUCCCUGGAAAUCGCUGACUUCAGCGGGAACCCUCUCUCCAGGCUCCCAGAGGGCUUCACGCAGCUCCGCAGCCUGGGCCACUUGGCCUUGAAUGAUGUGUCCCUGCAGAGCCUCCCCAACGACAUUGGGAAUUUGGCAAACCUGGUGACUUUGGAGCUACGUGAGAACCUGCUGAAGACUCUCCCCACGUGAGUGGCCAGAGGUAAGUUCCUGGAGGAGCUGGACCUGGGGUCCUGGGAGAUGGUCAACCUUCCAGACACCCUGGGAGCGCUCCCGAACCUGCGUGAGCUCUGGCUGGACAGGAACCAGCUCUCGGCCCUGCCUCCAGAGCUGGGCAACCUCCGCCGCUUGGUCUGCCUGGACGUGUCGGAGAACAAGCUGGAGCAGCUGCCCAACGAGGUCAGUGGGCUCAUAGCCCUGACUGACCUGCUGCUGUCCCAGAACCUGCUGGAAUGCAUCCCUGAUGGGAUUGGUCAGCUGAAGCAGCUCUCCAUCCUCAAGGUGGACCAGAACCGACUGACAGAGGUGACAGAGGCCAUUGGGGACUGUGAAAAUCUGUCUGAGCUCAUCCUGACAGAGAACAUGCUGACAGCCUUGCCCAGGUCCCUGGGGAAGCUGGCCAAGCUGACCAACCUGAACGUGGACCGGAACCGGCUGACGGCGCUGCCGGCCGAGAUCGGGGGCUGCUCCAACCUGAACGUGCUGUCCCUGCGCGACAACCGCCUGGCGCUGCUGCCCCCCGAGCUGGCCAGCACCACCGAGCUGCACGUGCUGGACGUGGCUGGGAACAGGCUGCAGAACCUGCCAUUUGCUCUGACAAACCUGAACCUGAAGGCCCUGUGGCUGGCAGAAAAUCAGUCCCAGCCCAUGCUGAAAUUCCAAACAGAGGAUGAUGAAAAGACAGGAGAGAAAGUCCUCACCUGUUACCUGCUGCCCCAGCAGCCCUCCCCCAGCCUAGAGAACCUUUUGCAGAACAGUGUGGAUGAGAGCUGGACAGACACCAACCUGAACAGGGUCAGUGUGAUUCAGUUCCUGGAUGAGCCCAAAGUAGAUGAUGAAGAGGAGUCUGGAGGGGAGAGGCGGGGGCUGCAGCGCCGGGCAACCCCCCACCCCAGUGAGCUGAAGGUGAUGAAGAAAGUGAUCGAAGUUCGGCGCAACGAGGCCCUGGCAGCAAAGCCCGACCCUGCCCCCAGCUCCCCCCGCUCAGAGGAGAAGAGGCUGAGCGGGACGUCCCACCGCAGCGAGGACUCCCACGUGUCCAGCAGCAGCACCUCUGCAGACCCCCGGGGGGAGCAGGGUGGGGAGAGGGGCUGCCCCAACGGGCAGGGGCCUGAGCUGCAGCACCUGGAGAAGGAGCCGAAGCCUAGGGCUGAAGAGGAGCAUAAGGAACCUGCUGACCGUGAGGAGGAGGAUGUGGAAGUGGAAUACAAUGAGCCCACAGUGCACUUUGCUGAGGACACGCUCAUCCGGAGCGAGGACGAGGACGAGGAUGAGGAGAGACCCUUCCCCGUGGAGAAGCAGAGGCUGAUCCGCAAGGACACGCCCCACUACAAGAAACACUUUAAGAUAACCAAACUGCCCAAGCCAGAGGCAGUGGUGGCACUUCUGCAGGGGCUGAGCAGCGAGGGGGUCCCCAAGGAGGAAGAGGAGCUGGGGGGCUGCAAUAACAAUGCAGAGCCUGAGGAUCAGGAGGAGGUGUGGGAUGAGGAGGAGAGGAAGAACGGAGCCUUGUCUGCCCAGCCCUCGGUGAAGGGGGUGUCGUUUGAUCAAGCCAAUAAUCUGCUGAUUGAACCUGCUCGCAUUGAGGAGGAAGAGCUGACGCUGACAAUCGUGCGGCAGACGGGGGGGCUGGGGAUCAGCAUCGCGGGGGGCAAGGGCUCCACCCCCUAUAAGGGGGAUGAUGAGGGCAUCUUCAUCUCCCGCGUGUCAGAAGAGGGUCCCGCGGCUCGGGCAGGGGUUCGUGUGGGGGACAAGCUGCUGGAGAGAUUCUCCACCUGCCUGAUGCGCAACGAGAAGGGCCUGGGAUUCAGCAUCGCGGGGGGAAAAGGCUCCACACCCUACCGGGCUGGGGACACGGGGAUCUUCAUCUCGCGCAUCGCGGAGGGAGGCGCAGCCCAUCGGGACGGGAUCCUGCACGUCGGGGACCGGGUCAUCUCGGAAAUUCACCUUGUAAAAGCAGGUGGUCCCCUGGGGCUCAGCAUCGUGGGGGGCAGUGACCAUUCCAGCCAUCCCUUCGGGAUCCAUGAACCUGGAGUCUUCAUCUCAAAGGAAAUAUGCAUUGAGAAGGCUCCAGGAGAGAAGUUGGGCAUCAGCAUCCGUGGUGGAGCCAAGGGCCACGCUGGGAACCCCUUUGAUCCCACUGAUGAAGGCAUCUUCAUCUCCAAGGUGAGCUCCUCGGGGGCCGCAGCCCGGGAUGGGAGGCUGCAGGUGGGGAUGAGGAUCCUGGAGGUGAAUCACCAGAGCCUGCUGGGCAUGACACACACGGAAGCCGUGCAGAUCCUGCGCGCCGUGGGGGACGCGCUGCUGGUGCUGGUCUGCGAGGGCUUCGACCCCAGGGCUGCAGCUGCCAUGGAGGUGUCCCCUGGGAUCAUUGCCAACCCCUUUGCUGCUGGAAUCGGGCGCAAGAACAGCCUGGAAAGCAUCUCGUCCAUCGACAGGGACCUCAGCCCUGAGGAGCUGGAGAUCCUCCAGAAGGAGUGGAUGCGUAGGGAGCGGGAGGCAGCCACGCAGCAGCUGGAGGAGGAGGUGGAGAACGUCCCCAGUGAACCUCUGCGACUGGACUACAGGACCCUGGCUGCCCUGCCCAGCACUGGCCUGCAGAGGGUCAACCGGGCUCUCCUUUGGUUUAAUAAGGCCAGCUCCAGGAUGGAGGGUGACUCAGCUGUGCAGCCUGUGCCCGGGGCCCAGGACAGCCGGGAUUGCCCCCCGGACACGGCGGGUCCGACCCUCGCGGCGCCCGCCCGGCCUCGGGACCCUCCAGCACCUGAGAAGCCCACCCGUGGGGCAGAAAAGCCCCAGCUAGACAAGCAGGAUCCCACGGGUGGUCCCUUGCCCCAGGACCAGCUGCCAGAGACGCCAGAGCAAGAGUGUCUGAUCGACUCUCAGCCCAUCCUCUUCAGUGAGAACCCCUUCGUGGUGGCCAACCGCAGGGGGAAGGCAGGCCAGGCUGGCCUGGGGGGCCCGCCCCUGGGCUAUGGCAGGGGGGGAGUGCUGAAGACCAACCUGCUCCUGCAGGCGAGUUGGGGACAGGAAAUUCCAGGCGUGAAACCCCCUAUUCUGGAAAUCAGCAGGGUGACCCAGUGCAAGUACAAGCGGAUCGGGUGCCCCUGGCAGGGCCCCUUCCACGAGCUGUCUGUGCACGAGGCCGAGUGCACCCACCCCACCAAGACAGGGAACGAGCUGAUGGAGAUUCUGGACGAGAUGGACCAAACCAGGAAAAAGGAAAUGCAGCUUUACAACAGCAUCUUCAGCCUCCUCAGCUUCGAGAAGAUCGGCUACACAGCAAGAGCCAACUCCAUCUUGCUGCAGAAGCCACCUUCACCACCCUCUCCUGACGAGAUCCCCAUCAACGUCAAGCAAGCCUACAAGACCUUUGCAGCUGUGCCCUUGUCCCACCCUCUGCUGGACACGCAGGAAUCACCUGAUCAGACCAACACAGAGAAUCCCAGAACUUCCCCAGAGGUGAGUUGUGGUGGCUUGGACCGGCCCCCCAAGCGCGUCUCCCUGGUGGGAGAGGACGACCUGAAGAAAAUGAAGGAAGAGGAAGCUCGAAAGCUGCAGCAAAAACGUGCCCUUCUGCUGGAGGAGGAGGCAGAAGAGGAGGAGAUGGUGAAGCAGGUGCCUGAGGGGAACGUGCAGUCCAGUGUCAUCAUCGAAGGGGUCGAGUACAAGAUUGAAAGGCUCAAUGGAAGGAGCCUCCAGCCCCCAGCAGCUCGGCCUUCUGAGGUCGGGGAGAACAGCAGCUCACAGAGGAAUUCACUGGAAGAUGGGAUCAAGCCUGAGCACAGAACCAGCUCGAUGUCUGGGCUGAGCCCCCCGUGCCCGGGGGCAGGGGACGGGGGGGCCCCGGUGCGAACGGCCAAGGCCGAGCGGCGGCACCAGGAGCGGCUGCGGAUGCAGAGCCCGGAGCUGCUCAGUGCCCAGGACAAGGAGCUCUCCCCGGCUGAACGUCGUGCUCUGGAGGCAGAGAAACGGGCCAUGUGGAGGGCAGCACGGAUGAAGUCCCUGGAGCAGGAUGCCCUGAAAGCCCAGAUGGUCAUUGCCAAGUCCAAGGAGGGGAAGAAGCGCAGCACGUUGGAGCAGCUGUCCAUGUCUGAAAAGAAGUUUGACUACCGGGAAUUUGCUGCUAUUCCUUCCUCCAAACCAGUUUACGAAAUCCAGUCACCUGAUGCAGCUGAUGACCUCAGAUACGUGGAUGACAGAAAUAACUCGGCUCCCCAGGAGCAGGAUGAGCAGCCAGAGGACCAGGAGCUGCUGCCCCCCCGGGACCCCUCGCCCCCUCCCCCCCUGCCUCCCUACAGCACCGGGCGGAAGCUCCGGCACGGCCGGCGCAGCCUGGAAGCUGCAGUUCCCACGUAG